AAAUCUGUAUUUGGUACAGGGUACCAGUAGGAAGCAGAGUUUUGGCCAAGAUGAAGGUGUUCGUAGUGCUUGCGUUGUGUCUAGCGGCUGUUGCUGCAGGUCCUGAAGAGGACAUUUGGUUGCAGUUCAAUAGACGUAUGCCCGGUGCAUACUACGGCUUGAAGGAGCCCAUUUCGCGGCCACCAGUGAAUGGACGAAUCGUUGGAGGUGUCGAUGCAGAUAUUGAAAACUUCCCGUACCAGCUUUCUUUGCGUCGUAGUGGAUCGCAUAGCUGCGGAGCUUCGGUCAUUUCCGACCGAUGGGCUCUGUCGGCUGCUCACUGCACUUACCCCUUGCCAAAUGUUGCCAUUAUGAGCCUGCGUGGUGGAACUGCCAACCGUCUGGAGGGAGGCGUCAUUUUCAAUGUUGAGUCUAUCUCAAACCAUCCCCAAUACGACGACUGGAACUUGGAAAAUGAUGUUUGCGUACUCCGUACUGUGGAACCCAUGGAAGGUUUGCACAUUACUCCCAUUCAGUUGGUGCCAGCGGAAACAUACUACCCUCAUGGAACUCGUGCAGUCCUGUCCGGAUGGGGUCUUACCAGCGUUCCUGGAUCUCUGCCAGUCACUCUGCAGAUGGUCGAUAUCCCAGUGAUUGAGCAAGAAACUUGCCGUACCGGAUGGCCUGCAGGAUGGGUUACCGAUGACAUGCUGUGCGCCAGUGAACCAGGUCGCGAUGCUUGCAAUGGAGACAGUGGUGGCCCGCUGGUAACUGGAGGACGCCAGAUCGGUAUUGUAUCCUGGGGAGCAACUAACUGCCUCGGUAAUGAACCUGGCAUCUAUGCUCGCGUGGCUUAUCCACUUCUGCGCAACUGGAUCACCGAUGUUACAGGAGUGUAAAUACCUUCAUGUGGCCUAGACAUAAUUUAAUAAAGAAUUUGGUUUUGUAAAUUUCA